UGUUCUGUUCUCCUAUGUGUUCUCGUGUGUUUGUCUCCACGUGUCUGUCCUUCUCUUUCGCAACGACUGCGCCAAUCAAUGAUCCGUUGUUUUAACGCUUCCGUUCUCCCGUUGUUCUUUCAACAGACGCCUCUGCGAUAUUCUGGAGUGCCAAGACUCGAUACAUUCACCACUACCACCACCACCUAUCGCACCCCAAUGCCAUACGUCGCCCAUAAGCGCAUUGUUCCACUGACGGGAUUCGCCACGUCGCCAGGCCGGGUGACCGUAUCGCCGAUGCGGGUGUACGGUUCGCCCGUCCGCGUUCUCCGAUCGCCGGUCCGCGUCCUCGGCUCGCCAGUUCGGGUGAUCUCGUCCCCGAUCCGCACCGUGGUCCGGGCCGUCCGAUCGCCAGUCCGCGUCAUCUCCUCGCCGGCACGGGUGGUCGCCAUCCGGUCGUCCUACCUGCGUCCGUCGAUCGUCAACAAAGAAUUCGAUCGUAUCGAACGUAAAUACCGUGCCAGUCCCGUAAGUAGCGCCCUCGAGCAGUAUUACAACUCGCCAUCCUACUUGGAAUUUGAGGACGAAAAGCGUGAAAUCCGCAACUCGAGUGCGCUGCUGCUGCGCCAGCUGAACGAUCCAGUGCCACGCGUUAUGGGCCCAUCCCUGCAGACAGCCGUUCCAGCCGCCGAACCAAACCCCAAGCGGUGGGUGUACGACCCGUUCAGCCACCACAACAAGCUCAACAGCGAGACGUACGUCAAGAACACCAUCACCGACCCGCUGCGCAGCGUUGCCCGGGAUAUCGAAGCCAUGGCCAGAUACCACUCGCCCGCUUCCCGCUACGUCGAAUACGUCCUGUUGGACGAUAUCCUCUGGCGUUACACGUACUACGUCGAUGAAGAUGGCAAAAACCACUUGGCCAGUACGCGCAUUAUCGGAUCCCAGGCGUACCCGAAGACCAAGCCGCGGAUCUAUAACUAUGACACCGCCCGGGUGGGCAGGGAAGUCAAUGUCAUGUCGCACUAUAAGGCGAACCGCAGCCAGGCCAAGUCCGACGUCGAGGAAGUGAGAUUAAAUCCAGCCCGGCCGACGCGCAAGUUCAACAAUCCGAAGCUGUACGACGACCCGACCGAUGACAAACUGAAGGACAAGCAGGACAAGAUCGAUCGGGUCAGCGAGCUGAACAAGGUCCGGUACGAGCCGGUCAACCUGGAGCAGGAGCGCCGCAAGCUGCUGGACGAAGCCAAGAAGAAGGAGGAGGAAUCGUUGGAGCGCGAGAAGAAGCGCCAGGAGGACAGGAGCCGACAGGAGGAGGAAGCCAAGCUGGCGGCUGAAAAGGCUCGGCUCGCGGCUGAAGAAGCCGAACGCCGACGGGCUGAGGAGGAACGGUUGGCUGAGGAGGCGAGGUUGGCCGAGGAGGCGAGGUUGGCUGAGGAAGCGCGACUGGCUGAAGAAGCCAAGAAGGCCGAGGAGAAGAAGCGCAAGGCCGCCGAAAAGAAGCGCAAACAGGAAGAGGAAGAACAGAAACGUAAGGAGGAGGAAGAGGAACGCAAACGCAAGGAAGAGGAAGAGCGAAAACGAUUGGAAGAAGAAGAGCAGAAACGACAGGCCGAAGAGGAAAGAAAACGAUUGGAGGAAGAGGAACGCAAGCGUAAGGAGGAAGAGGAGAAGAAGCGAUUGGAGGAAGAGGAGACCAAGCGCAAGGAGGAGGAAGAAAAGAAGCGAGUGGAAGAGGAACGCCUCGCCGAAGAGGCCCGUCUCGCCGAGGAAGCCCGCCUGGCCGACGAAGCCCGCCAAGAGGAGGAGAAGAAGCGCAAGGAGGAAGAGGAAACCCGCAUCAACGAGGCGCAGAAGAUCCGCGAGGAUGAACUGGCCCGACUGAACGAACUGGAGAAGCAGGCCAUCGAGGAGGACAACGUCGAACUGCUGCGCGAGAUCACCGAACUGAAGGCCAUCGCCCAGUCGGACGAGGAACUGCUGAAGCGUCAGGCCGCCAAGCUCGAGGAAGCCGCUCCAGCUACGGAAACCGCCGCCGCCGAAGCCCCGGCGACCGAGGAAAGCGCGGUAGCUGAAGAGGCCGCUGAGGAACCCGCCGUCGCCGCAGAAGAGGUCAAGACUGAGGAAAGCCCAGCUGCUGAAGAGUAAACCGGCGAACAUCGCCCUCGACGCAUAGGUUAAGAUACUACGUUAAGAUUAAUGGAUGUGUUCAAGUAAACCGUGUAGGCACGAGGCUUCAAGGCUUCGUGCCGCUCGCUAAAACGCAGCCCAAAUUCGGAAAGACACUAACAACUAACGGCGGCUGACCCAACCAGCCGCCGGAAACUCAUUGGAAACGAACUCGACACCUAUUCGGAAACAUAAAAUGAUCGCAACAUUCGUAGACAUCCGACGCCGUGAACUCAACUGCUCAGUAGCUGUGCUUCCAGCCACUCCCAACCCGUACGGAAGCACUCGGGAUAUAGAUCGUGGAGUCUAUAUUGAAUGGCCCUUCAGCGAACCGUACGGGACAUCCCCGGCAACGCCGCUCGUGGAUGACCGAUCAAAAGGACGCAGCCAACGGGGUGUUGAACACUUCAUCUCUAGUGCAUUUCUCUACCGCUUUUAACUCGAACCCGUAGCUUCCGGAAAAGCCGCCGUCGCCGCUGCCACCUCGAAAAUAAUGUAAGGCUUUUCUCUCAGAAUUACGUCAUUGUUUUAGUGUUUAAUGAUACUUCUUCGAACAUGGAGACACACGUACACAUACACAAUUAUUACACACAGAUCUGUUAAGUUUGAACAAACUGAGAAUAAAGAAUUUUAAAGAUCGA